AAUGAAUAAUUUUUGCAAACUUGGUGACACUGAGUCAAUAAUGAAUUGAUUUUCAUUUUUUUGGAAAAAAUUCGUAAUGAAGAUUUAUUAAUUAAUGUAUUUAUUAAUUAAUCUAAUACUUUGAAACAUAAAGUUAAAGAGUGUUGAAAUACCAAGAAAUUGAAGCGAAUUAUUUCAUUAUAGAAAUAUACGAAAAACAACGACUGCAAGACAAGUGAAAAAAGUACGAAAAAAUAGAAAAAAAAAAUACUUCAAAAAGAGGCAAAGCAAAAAAAGUUAAAAAAACACUCAUACGCCUUAAAGACAGCAGUAGAAAAAGCAACAACUACAACAACAUUAAGGAAAAGAUUAAAACGCGAAAAAACAUAAACGAUCAUCGAGCAAACGAAAAGCAAAGAAAAAUAAAUAAUAUAAAACGAGAAAAUCCAAUAAAGCACCGACUGCUACCAGACAGAGGCAGUUCUGGAGAUUUAGAAGAAGACAAAAGGAAGGCACAGUACACAUAAACAACGUAAAAAUAAAGCCUCCAAUCAAGGCCAGCAAAGUGAAAAAGAAGAAACUAAACACAUAAAAUAAACAAAAAUUAGCCGACAUUAAUUGAAAUUUAAACGAACCUAUAGCACAAUUGGCAAACAAAACACAUACACAGUGAGCAGAGGGAGCAGACACCGGCUUAGUUUGCAAAACACACACAUUGCUAGUGGAGGCGUUUGACGCAGCCACUCAGCUGUCAAUGUCCGGUAAUCAAGCACAAGCCGGCAAUAAUGUCGGUGUUGGCGGUGGUAGUGGGGGUAGUGCCGGAGGCAAUGGCGGAAGUGGUGGCGGAGGUGGUGGCGGCAGCGGUGCCGGUAGCAGUGGUGGCAGUUCAUCACAACAUUUACAGCAUCAGCAGCAGCAACACACACCACCACAGAUAAUAGCUGGUAUUACUGCGGGUACUACAACAUCAACCUCUACUAUGGCUGUGGCUGGUUCUAGUUCAUCAGCAGAUGCCCUCAAUAUGGCAGCUGAUUCUUCACCGCGCGAGUCUGGUGAUGAUUCGGAAGAUGAGAGUGAAAUUCUCGAAGAAUCCCCCUGCGGGAGAUGGUUAAAACGUCGCGAAGAAGUCGAUCAACGCGAUGUCCCCGGUAUCGAUUGUGUCCAUCUGGCUAUGGACACCGAGGAGGGUGUAGAAGUCGUCUGGAAUGAGGUGCAAUAUGCCAGUCUACAGGAGCUGAAGUCGCAGGAAGACAAAAUGCGUCAAGUCUUUGACAAUCUUCUACAAUUGGACCACCAAAACUUAGUUAAGUUCCAUCGCUACUGGACAGAUACUCGACAGCCUGACCGGCCGCGCGUUAUCUUCAUAACGGAAUUUAUGUCGUCUGGUUCUUUAAAACAGUUCCUUAAACGUACCAAACGCAACGCCAAACGUCUACCCCUAGAGGCCUGGCGUCGUUGGUGCACACAGAUUUUAUCUGCGCUCAACUAUUUGCAUUCCUGCAUACCGCCCAUCAUCCACGGCAACCUAACCUGUGAUAGCAUUUUCAUCCAACACAAUGGUCUCGUUAAAAUCGGCACCGUUGUACCCGAUGCGGUCCACUACAGUGUCCGCCAUCAGCAGCACAAGGACGUCGAACAGGCUGCUCAGCACUUUAUGGCCCCCGAAUAUGGUGCUGCCGAACAGCUAACUGCCGCCGUCGAUAUUUACGCUUUCGGCAUGUGUGCCCUUGAGAUGGCCGCUCUCGAGAUCCAAAAUAGUGCUGGUGAAACAUCCACCACCAUCAAUGAAGAGACAAUAUUAAGGACAAUUAAUAGUCUAGAACAUGAUCUACAAAGGGAUUUAAUAUUUAAGUGCUUGCGGAGAAAUCCAUCCGAGAGGCCAAAUGCCAGUGAUAUACUUUUUCAUCCGCUACUAUUUGAGGUGCAUUCAUUGAAACUACUGGCUGCCCAUUGUUUAAUUUUUUCACCUAAGAAUCGUACAAUGUUUUCGGAAACUGUUAUCGAUGGCAUGAUGCAAAAAUACAAUCGUCCCGAUGUCGUAAUGGCUCAUAUAAAAUGGACCAGCAGCAUAGAAGAGGAGAUAAAACCACAACAGACUGCUGAGGCUAAUGCCUCAACACCCGAAGAACAACAGGCCGAACAACAGCAACAACAAAAACAAAAAGUUUCCAGAGUAACAAUCAAAGAAUAUCGUUUAUCGGAUGUGCCAUCGGCUGAUAAAUUGGAAAAGUUUGUGGAGGAUGUUAAGUUUGGUGUAUAUCCCUUGACAUCGUUUAGUGGUAAGAAACCACCACAUUUCCGUUCAAGGGCUGCUUCGCCAGAACGUGCUGAUUCCGUUAAGUCAGCCACACCGGAGCCGGUUGACAUUGAAUCACGUCGUAUUGUCAAUAUGAUGUGUAGUGUCAAGAAACUAAAGGAGGGUAGUAGUGAUAUACUCAUGACCAUACUUUUACGCAUGGAUGAUAAAAUGAAUCGUCAGCUAUCUUGUGAUGUUACCGAAAAUGAUACGGCCUCUGAUUUAACACAAGAACUGGUGCGUCUAGGUUUUGUGCAUAUAGAUGAUCAGGAUAAGAUACAGGCUCUGCUAGAAGAAACAUUGCGCAGUACCUUUUCGGAGGGUGGAGCCGCCUAUGGUGAAUAUGGAGCUCAGGAGCGUACAUUUAGUGCUACAAUAAAUGAACCCAGCAGCAGUGGCAAUGUUAACGUCAACACUGCAACAAGCAAUAAUAAUAACAACAACAACAGUAGCAACAAUAACAAUAAUGCCAUAAUGAUAACAAAGACAUUACCAGCCAAUCCUAGUAUGACAUCCCUUAGUCAAAUGGAAAGAAAUUGGUCUAUAGCUGAUUCUGAUGCUGCCGCUGCAACAGCAUCACUAAUGCUGCAAGCACAAAAUCAGGCACAGGUUCAGAUGCAGCCACAACAACAGCAACAAUUGACAACAACAACUGCUUUAACAUCGCCCAUGCCACCAACUGCGGCAGCUGCUACAGCUUUGGGUUUGACCGGUACUGUAACGGUGCCUAUGGUAGAUCCCUUAGCCGGUCAUGUUAUGUAUGUGCCACAUGAGCAAAUACAACAGCAACAACAACAGCAUCAGCAACAGUUACAUCAGCAACAACAACAACAGCAACAGCAUCAUCCCCAACACCAACAUUCUCCUCCGCAACAUCUUCAACAGCCACAGCAAUUACAUCAACAUAUAGAUCCCUCUAUGAUAUCUAUGGAUGUGGUUGACAAUACCACUAGCCAUCAUCUUCAGCAGCAACAACACCAACAACAACAACAGCAGCAGCAACUUUACUUAAAUCCUGCUGUAAAUGCCUCUCCUCUUCAUACUAACUUUUCAGCUUCCCCUAUACCUACUGCAAUACCUACUAACACCACCACUUCCACCUCUUCAACUACAACUAUCAAUUAAUAGUAUUUAAAUAAUUAAAGCAAAACAAACCCAUA